AUGACCGACUCCCCACUCCCACGGAUUCCGCUGGAUCCGAAGGAGCAGCCCAUCCUCGACAAGCUGCAGUCCAUACGGACGGAGCUGGAACUACUGAAGCGUGAUCGGUCCACCUAUGUCAAGAGCCAAGAUGUCUUGAAGCUGUACGACCAAGUCAUCGAGCAGGUCAUAAUUCUCAACGAGAUACGGGAAACUAAGCGCCUGGAGCAGAACAAAGUCGAUUACAUGCUCGAUGAUUGCUUUCAGCUCAUAUCACUUGCGUAUCUGACCGUCGGAAAGAACCACGAACCACCAGCAGUCUACUCAUACAUAUCCACAAUCAAGCGCCUCUUGGACCAUCUCAAAGAAGCCACCUUCUACUCGCAAAAGGAUCUGGAAGCCCUGGACAAGAACCUGCAAGACUGCCGGCGUUAUGUUGAAAGGGGGCAGGAAGGUCACAGCCCUCAUCUGCUGACUCUCCUCGAUGCUCGUAUCAAAGUUUGCGAAGAGACACUAGCAGAACUGAAGCUGAACCUAUCCGGACUGACACCCGACCUGACACCGAAGUGGGAGAAGCUUGUCUCGAUACUACGAUCCCUUUGCGGUUGCAAUGCAAGAUCGAAGUUCCCACUUGAAGAGGUUGAGGAGUACUCAGAGGAGCUCAACAAACUCGACGAAGAGCUGAAAGAACACGGAAUUCGCGCGUAUGAGACGGAGGGAACCACUGAAGAGAAGCUGGCCGAGAUGGUCGACAAGAUGCAACUAGCCACCGAACACCCCGAGGCCGCACCAGACGCCAAGACUCUCAUCGGCACGCUGCUACGCCGUAAUUUGCUCUGGGUCACGUUGAUCAAGCAAAAGCAAGGACGCAUAUCGCCCGCUUUCAAAGACACCUACGACAAACUUCUUGCUAUCCGGAACAAACUCGAGAAGCUCACUCUGACACAGGCAUGGUCCCUUCGUGAGACUGAUCUAUGGGAUUUCCAGCGCCAGCUUGACCGCAUAGACGAGGCACGCGUUGACGGUAAUUUCGUUGAUGCACUUGGACGUCCAUCUGAGAUCUACGAGCAAAGGACACUACUCUAUCUUCUCAGGAAGAGCUACGCUCUCAUCUACCAGCUGCUCUUAACUUCAGAGCCUGUGUCAGAGGCAUUACUGCCAAUAUACAACCAGCUGACCACACUUCGGAAAUGCUUACUCGAAGUCAAGAAGCUGGGAGGUGUAUCCUCACCAAGAGAGCUGUACCCAUACAGUAUGAAGCUGAACUCAAUUGACAACAUGCGGGUAGACGGCAAGUUCAUGGUUGGCGAAGAGAUACCCGAUGGACAAGGACGCGUAACACAACUUCUGGAGGAAUGCUUCGAGCUCGCCUACGACCUGAGAAACGAUGCCGAAGACAACAACAGCUCCGCUGAUGUCACGCCAUCGACCGAAAAGCCCGAGCCCCUUAGCACCUGA